UCAUCAAGAUUGCUACUCCUACAAACUGUUCUAUACUAUCUUAGCUCAAGAGAUGGAUGAUAAAGUUACGGCCGGCGAGCGGUGGUCAGUUGGACAUCCUUUACGAGAAAAUUAUACUUUGUCUUUAGGAUCUAUCACGACCCAAAACUCAACCUGUCGUAAUGGCGCCUAUCAUGGUACUAGGCAAGCUGACCGCUCAGACAUUACCAACACUUUCAAAUUUAAAGUAUACUAGAACACGUUUAAAUAAGAAAAAAUAUCAUAAAACUGGAUAGAAUGUCAUAACUCAAUACAAAAGUUUUUUCCAAAACCAGCAUGUCACUGAGUACAUGAGCAUCUAUACAAUACUAACUCUGAUACAUUGUCUAAGAAAACAGAAACAUAAUAAUAAACUGAGGGAUGGGGGGAAGGAGAGUCAAGGUCUGCGAACGCCAGGAUAGCUACCUCGGUAAUCUCUGAAUGAUUGAACUCUGUGAAUCAGCAACUACCGUGACCGGAAACACCUGGAUCUGCAUUAGCUGGCCAGUUCUGUUUUGCUUGGGAAGAUGUAUCAACUCUUGUCAUGUUGCCAAAUCUUGAAGAGCUCGAACUUAAAAGGAAUGCAGUGAAUGAUCCCAUAUGGAGAUUAAGUGAUGAAGACAAGUUGGAAAACCUAAAGUUAUUGUUACUUAGUGAGCUAGAUUUUGGGCAUUGGGAAGCUAGCAGCGAAAGCUUCAUAAAUCUAAAACGCCUUGUUCUGAGAAAUUGCAUCAACCUGAAAGAAAUUCCAUCAGAUUUUGGGGAAAUUUGUACUUUGGAGUCAAUUGAGUUAUAUAAUUGUAGCACUAUUGCUGAGGGAUGUGCAAGAAAUAUUGAGCAAGAACAAGAGGACAUGGGAAAUAAUUUCAUGAAAGGGAAUUGAAGCUUAUUUUGAGGGAUCAUCUAACGCUAUCUUCCAAAUGCAGAACCUUUUCAUUUGGAUUUGGAAGAGUAAAUUCUUUCUUUUAUGUUCUUAUCAGUUGUUAAAUUUAUAUUUUUGGGAAUAAACAUGUUUAAAUGUUUCACUCAUUUGUGAUU